AUGGCCGAAGCUUUAGUCACUAUUGCUGCGGAGGGGAUACUGAAAAGGGUGUUGACUAUCGCCGCCAGCGAAAUCGCCACUGCUUGGAAUUACGAAGAAAAGCUCAACAGCCUCCACCAAAAAUUGGAGCUGAUUCGGGCCAGAUUGCGCGAUGCGGAGAAACGAAAGGAAAAAGAGGCUGUGAGGGCGUGGUUGAAACAACUAAAAGAUGCAGUGGUCAAAGCUGACGAUGUGUUGGACGAGGUUGAUUAUGAAAUUUUAAGGCGUCAGAUAAGGAAAGAAGAUCAGGUGGCAAGAAAGCCUGCUGGCACUGUUCCAGAUCCAGAUCGGGAGACUGUUCCUUAUCCAGAAAAAUUCAAAAUUUUUGGGAGGGAUGAUGAUAAACAACGAAUCGUAGAGCUAUUAACCGAGUCAAGAAAGGAAGAAGAACUUACAAUUUUGCCCAUUGUGGGAAUGGGUGGUAUUGGGAAGACAGCUUUGGCGAAGUUGGUUUACAAUGACGAAAAAAUCGAGCAAUAUUUUGAUGAACCUCAGUUGCACACUAAGGUCUAUUUAAUUGAUAGUCUUAAAGAGCUGUUGGCAUCAAAAAGAUAUCUGCUUGUCUUGGAUGAUGUUUGGGUCGAAGAGAGGCAAUAUUGGGAAGAUUUUAGGCAAGAAAUGCUAUAUGUAAACUCACAAAAUGGAAGUGGCAUUCUUAUCACUACACGAAAACUUGCAAUCGGAACUCAUGAUAUGAUCAGGGAUUCGUGUCAUCUAGAAGGUCUUUCCGAUGAUGAGUGUUGGUCAAUCUUUAGAGGAAAAGCAUUUGUGCCAGGAAAAUCACCGCCUCCAGAACUAGAGGCGAUAGGGCGUGAGAUUGUGAAAAAAUGUUGUGGUUUACCAUUGCUAUUAAAUGUAAUAGGUGGCAUGUUGGCAAAUAACACUGAACUAGAGAAGUGGUCGUCCAUCGAAACAAACAACGUUUGGGAUAUAGAAGAAGAGAAUAAAGUUCAAAGGAUCUUGGAACUGAGCUUUGAUAAUCUCCCCAAUUCUACAGUCAAGCAAUGUUUUGUAUCUUGUUCCAUCUUUAAGAAAGACAAGGUCAUGAAAAGGGAAGAACUGGUCCGACUUUGGAUGGCUUUAGGGUUGGUUCAUGAGGAAAAAAACAAGGAGAUGGAGGAUGUCGGAGAUGAUAUUUUUCAGAUUUUGGUAAAUAAUUCGUUGUUCCAAGAUGUUCGAAGGGAUGAGCAUGGUCACAUCACUUAUUGUAGCAUGCAUGAUCUGGUGCAUGACCUUUCAUUAUCACUUUCAAAUCAUGAAAGCCGAUGUCUGGUGGAUGCAACUGAUGAUAUUGCAAGUAUGCUUGAUGUUACACAUCCCUCUUUUUACGAAGAACUGAUCGAGGAUGAUGAAUUCGAAUCCAAUGUUUCUAUGUUCAUUAAAAGGAAGAGGAUGGCUAGAACUGUGCGUAAAUUGUCCAGCAAAGUUGAAAUUGAGAAGAAAUUUCCAUUUCAACAAUUCAAGUGCAUACGAGUCCUAAAACUCGAAGGUUAUAAAAGAGAGAAGUUAGACGAUUCAAUUGGAGGGUUGGUGCAUCUCAGGUAUCUAGAUUUCAUGUAUACGAGUAUCCUUGUUCUUCCUAAAUCUAUUGGUAAAUUAUACCACUUGCAAACUCUGAAGUUGCCUGAAGACAUUAAGCAGUUUCCAAAAACCAUGAGAAAUUUGAUAUGCCUGCGAUAUCUAAUAUCUGGCAUAAACAUUCCUGCCAAUAUCUUGGGGCAGUUGAUUUAUCUUCGAAAACUGUCUUCCGUCAAAGUGUUUGGAAGGAAGGGACAUGGUAUUGAAGAGCUACGCAAUUUGAAUAACCUUACUGGAACGCUCCGUAUUUUCGAUCUAGAAAAUGUUGAGAGCAAAGAGGAUGCUGUCAAUGCAAAUUUAAGUAGAAAGAAAAACUUAAACAAUAUUAAAUUCAAUUGGAGUGGGAACGAUGAUGAAGAUGCCAACCGAAAUGAUGAAGAUGCCAACCGAAACGACAAGGAUGUAUUGGAAGGCUUGCAAGCCCCUAGAGAUGUGAAAAAGUUGACAUUUAGCAAUUUUUCAGGUGAUAAUUUUGCAGAAUGGGUAACGAAGAUGGCUAUUGAUAUUGAAAGGAAAUGGACACCCCUUGACAAGCUCGUGGAGAUCAGAUUAUCUGGAUGUAGGCGCUGCCUCUCUCUUCCAAUGCUUGAGCACCUGCCUCAUCUUUGGGAUCUGACUUCCUUCCCUCAAGAAAUGUUUGACUGUUUUUCCUUCUUAAAUGACUUGAAACUUGGUCCGUUCUCAAAGGAGCUGGAUUCUUUCCCAAGUCUCCAAGGCAUCGAGAAGUUAAGGAACCACCUUCACUCGUUAAUAUUGUGUGGUGUGGAUCAGUGGGAGUCGAUACCUGAACAAAUACAACACCUCACCUCACUGACUAAGUUAAUCAUAAGUGGAUUCAGAAUGCGAGAACUGCCCAAGUGGUUAAAAAACAUGUCAUCUAUCCGAACAUUAAUUUUCUAUAAUUGCAAAGGGCUGAAUGUAGAAACAUUUAGACAGGGAGCACCGCGGGAAGCAACAUGUGUCAUACUACAAUUUUAA